AUGUCGUUGACAAACAGUUUUCUGGACCUUCGCCAGGAGGCGCCUUCAGAGGACGAGCGCCCCCUGUCAGACGACACCGUGCAUGACAAGGGACGCGGAAAGGAGGGGGAGGGGCGGUGUGGAUUGUGCUGUUGCGUGCCUGACUGUCUGCAAGUGUUUAACUCACCUCGAUGGCUGCUGUUCUUUAUGUGUAUCCUGUGCGCCUCUGAGGCUGCGAUACUCAUAGGACUGACGCCGGGGGUUAUAUCCACCAUCGAGCGCCGGUUUGAGUUCUCGAGCGCCAAAAGUGGGUUCAUCGUCAGCUCAACAGACAUCUUCGCCGCCAUUUCGGUUCCUGUCAUCUCUUACUAUGGCGCGAAAUCUCACAAGGGUCGUUGGCUCGGUGUAGGAGCAGUGCUUCUAGGCUGCGGCAGUACCUUAUUUGCCGUUCCUCAUUUUCUUGCAGGUCGAUAUGUUGUUUCUGGCACCAACAUUUCUGAGUCGGACAGCACCCUUUGCCAUCAUUGGUCGAACAGAACAACCAAUGAACAGUGCUACACAAACGACGGGUAUUCCCAUCUGCAGAAUUAUCUGUACGUGUUCAUCGCUGCACAGCUGCUCAUGUCCUUCUGCCCCGGACCCUUGUAUAGCGUAGGGGUCGCCUAUCUGGACGAGAACGUGAAGAAAAAAGUGUCAGGUGCUUACAUUGGGAUUCUGUAUGCUGUAGCGAGUGCCGGUCCUGGUCUCGGUUACGUCAUUACCUCUCUAAUGCUGAAUCAGUACAUUGACUGGCCGGAAGUCAAUGGUUACAACUCUGGACUAACACCGUACGACCAGCGAUGGCUCGGCAACUGGUGGUUCGGGUACUUCGUUUUGGCCACCGUCGCCUUUCUGGUUGCUUUUCCGUUGUUCUGCUAUCCACAAAAGCUGCAUGGUAGAUACUGUGAAAUGAUAUAAAAACUAUAUGUCAUAAGAAUUCUAUGAAAACAUGACGUCUUGGAAGCAGAGGAUGACGGGAUUACAUACACCCAGACGUUUCUCUGCGGUUCGCAGGAAUUCUGGUCCACCGUGAAGGAUCUUGGGAGCAAUUACUCUUAUGUGUGUUUAUCGCUUGCAGGCUGCCCAGAAGCCAUGGUACUGGUUGGGAUAGUAACGUUUGCACCCAAACUGGGACAAACACAACUUGGACUUCACCCUUCCGAAUCUGCGCUCUAUCUCGGGUUGAUGUCCCUGCCAGCAGGAGCGAUAGGCAAUCUGUUGGGCGGUUGGAUCACCAAAAAGGCCGGGGCAGACUGCAAGAAACUACUAAAAAUACUCCUGUUCAUUUCGGUACUGUCCUUGUUGGGGCACUGCGACUUUCUCCUGUAUUGUAACACGCCUGGCAUAGCUACCUAUCUCUACAGCAACAACAGCACAAGCUGUUCCAGAGACUGUGGCUGUGCAGAUUCCCUGUACGAUCCUAUCUGUGACAGCAGUGGGUUUGAGUACCAGUCCGGCUGCCAUGCAGGAUGUACAGGCAUCAACCAGACUGGACCUACUAAGACUUACUCCAACUGUAGCUGCAUCAUGGGAGACUGGCUGCUCGUAAACGUCACUUCCGGUUCCGGGUCAGAGGCUGUGCACGGUCCCUGUGCCGGUGGUUGCCCUGGUUACAUCAUGCCCCUCUUUCUCACCGUGUUCGUCCUCCUGGCCCUCAUCAGCACGUCGGCUUUUCCUCCAUACACCGCAGCUACACUGAGACUUGUUCCAGAAUCAAGGAGGUCGUUUGCCCUUGGAGUUCAAUGGACCUUAGCAAGAUUACUUGGUAUGAUUCCUGGACCAAUCGUGUUUGGUUACAUCAUAGACCAGGCAUGCGUACUGUGGCAGGACAGCUGUGGGGAGGUGGGCGCCUGUGUAGUUUACGACAGCAGCAAACUGGGUCUGUACAUGCUCGCUGCAUCAGUGGGUAUCAGACUGGUGUCCAUGGCUCUGUACAUAGCUGCAUACUGUCUGUACAAACCAGUGGCAGAAGAAAAGACAAUAUUGCCCAAAAAUACUGAUAUGUUAGAAACAGCUAUAUAGUCUUGUGAAUGUCAUAUAUAAAUUAUAAGUUAAACUAGAGAAGUAACAUUUGCAAAGCAAAUGCAUAAUGUUUACCUUCGGACAUGGU